AUGGACAACAUGGAAGACGUCGCAAAUAUUUCUCCAUGCAAAAAAAAUCCAAAAGGAAAAUUCGUUGGCACUGGUCAAAAGAAUAUAAUUAUUAAUGUGUACAAGGAUAAAAUCAAACAACAGCUCGAAAAUCCAGAGAUGCCCAAAUUGUCGUUCAGGGAGCUUAUCGUUAGCAUUUCAAAAACCACUGGUAUUGGGCAACGUACAAUUCAAACUACAUUGGGAGAAUAUAAAAAGGAAGGUACAGUGUCAUCGCCCAAUAAAAAAAAAGUGAGACCUACGGUACUUCAAAAAGUGGACGAAUUCGACAAAAAUGCCAUAAGGCAAAAAAUUCACAAUUUUUGGAGAAACCGUGAGGUGCCAACAAUUUCAAAAAUGUUAAUUGCCAUCAAUGAAGACGACUCAUUACCGAAUCUGAAACGUACGUCUUUCCAAUUAAUAUUAAAAGAUUUACAAUUUGAGUACGUCAAGAGAAACCGCAACAGUGCUCUUCUCGAAAGAGAAGAUUUGAUAUCUUGGCGCCGAAAUUAUGUGUUGAAAAUAAGGCAUUACCGAGCACAGAACAGGCCAAUAUAUUACUUAGAUGAGACGUGGGUCAAUGCAGGCGAGACGCAUAGCAGAACGUGGGUAGAUACAACAGUCGCAUCAACACGAGAUGCACACCUGAGAGGUCUCACCACAGGACAAAAGGCACCCUCCGGCAAAGGUAAGCGUCUCAUUGUAUUACACAUCGGGUCGUCAGACGGUUUUGUUCCGGGGGGCCUUUUGUGUUUCGAAUCCAAGACCAAUUCUGCGGAUUACCAUGACGAAAUGAAUGGCGAUACGUUUUACGAAUGGUUUGUUAAGACCCUGCCAUUACUUAAACCGAACGCCAUCAUCGUCAUGGAUAAUGCUUCAUACCAUUCCGUAAAAAAACAGAAAAUACCAGUGAGGUCUUGGAAAAAACAAGCUAUAAUUGAUUGGCUUGAGAGUAAAGGUGUGAUCGUUACUCAUCCUAUUGUUAAAAAUGAUUUAAUGAAAAAAGUUUACAAAAUAAAAAAACAUCACGACACAUACGUAAUCGAUGAGUACGCAAAAGAUAACGGAACACUCGUAUUGCGAUUACCUCCAUAUCACUGCGAGCUAAAUCCUAUCGAGCUCGCCUGGUCGUCCGUGAAAAGUUAUGUCCGGACGCAUAACAACACCUUCAAAUUAAAGGACGUAAUGGAAUUGUUAAAAAAAGGUGUGGAACACGUAAGUCCGGAUAUGUGGAAAAAUUUUAUUGAACAUGUUAAAAAGGUGGAAGACAAGUUUUGGGACUUGGAACAUAUUACCGACGAAUUAAUGGACGAGCUACCCGAAGACGAUGAACGUCAUGUUCUCACUAUAGGAACAGGAGAUACAAGUUCUUCUGAUUGUGACUCCGAUUGA